CAAUGCCAGACGAGCUGCAAAACCUAUGCUCAAAAUGUCAGAGCGUAAGUCUGGAUGACCUCUUUGGAAAAGUAACCACCCAAGAACUUGUUGAGCCAUCCCCAAGUCUCGUCCUUGAUCGGACAGACCCGACAUGUCCUCUGUGCAACUUCUUUCUCGAUAUGAUUCCCUCUGAAGAACGGGAUAUCUGCACGAAGAUAUCAAUAUACCGUGCCCGGCAAAGUACCAGAAACUAUUCUAUACAAAACACGCCGCAGAUUGCACCAGCUAUGGCUGCCAGGACGACUCUCCUCGUUCAGACACAUGGUGAACCAACGCUGAGCGAACUACCAUUUGUGAACUAUAGCAAAGCGCCCGAGACGCCGGUCCUCAUCGAUCAUGAAAAAAUCAGCUACGCACCGCUGAGAAAAUGGUGCGAGUUGAUUCAGAAGAUUCCAAGAGACGAAAUGGACGUGCUCCCCGUCUCGGUGAUUGACUGCCACACGCGGGAAAUUGUCCCAGUGCGCGGGCCUUGCAAUUACGUCGCUCUCAGCUACGUCUGGGGUCCUGCAGCAGCAGAAGAUGCCAAGGGGAAGUCUCUCCCUAUUCACCUUCCGCGCACCGUCGAAGACGCUAUUACUGUGGUGAAAGAACUCGGCCUGCAGUAUCUCUGGGUAGACAGGUAUUGUCUAGACCAGAGCAACAAGGCGGAGUUUAAAGCCCAGCUUGAUCAGAUGGCAGACAUAUACCGACACGCACUGGUGACCAUCAUCGGGGCGGCUGGUUCACACGCAGACUACGGCUUACCCGGCGUCAGCUCACUGCGCGUCAAGCAACCUCGUAUCCAGAUCGGCGCGUACACGCUGUGGUCGAGUAUGAGCGACCCGCGAAAAUUAGUCCGCGAAAGCACAUGGAUGACUCGCGCCUGGACGCACCAGGAGGGCGUUUUCUCGUGGAACUGGAUCGCCUUCACGGACGAACAGGUGUUCUUCCAGCGCUCGAAUAAAGAGUGGGCGAAUAUGGAACGCGGGUGGAAGACGUCGUGCGAGAUGUUCCCUGAUGGGGGUCUGGGAGGGGGAGAUUCGGUCUUGUUAUACAUGUACGACAACGUGUGGAAGAAUGAAGGCGCCAUCCACCAUCUUCUGGGACAAUACACAUCUCGGAAGCUGACAUACCAAUCUGACGCGCUGAACGGGGUAUUAGGGCUAUUGAAGCGUUGCGAAAACGGACCAUACCCGAUGAAUCACUACUUUGGGAUUCCAAUUCUCGGGCCGUUAAUCAACCAUCGCAAGGCGAUUGGUCGGGAUCUCAGUCGAAGCUGGUCGCUGACGGAAGCAUUUCUGGUGAAUCUAUCCUGGAAGACGAGGGGGACUGGACUGCGCAGAGAGGGGUUUCCUAGUUGGUCGUGGACUGGCUGGAUUGCUGUUUAUGAGGGGCCUGGUCAUUCGCUGGUUCAUAUUGGGCUUACUAGGAAGAGUUUGACCAAGGCGAAGCUGUUUGUGGAAAUGAACCAGGGCUUGGUGGACUGGGAGGCCAUGUGUCACACGAGGAAUUGGGAUGUAUAUGAUGAUUUCAAAUCCCUGCCGGCGGAGCUAUACGUGCAGGCACCAACAGUUCCACUGACUGUCUGUCGAGAGUCGUCGAUGCCAUGCUGUGCUGUAUUCAAUGGUACAGAUUGCGACGUUCUGAUCGAGAUCAAUCUGGUGGAUGACCACCUUGCAUCAACACUCCAAACGAUGGAUUCUGUGUUGUUGAAAGGGAUUAUUCUCCGCCAGUUAGAUCCUGUCCAGGAGUACAACUACCACGAUAAUACAUUCUGGGCGGUUGCUCUUGUCGUCCUGGAAGGUAAAAACGGGGCGGCGAGAGUUGGGAGCUUGCAGUUGCGGCCAGAUAAUUACCUUGUUCGUUGGAGGGAUAGGGUCAACCAUCCGGGUGAAAAGAAAGAACACUGUUGGGUGGGGGGUCAUCUGAAGGAGUAUACAGAUUGUGGCGAAUGUAGAGCCAAGGCAUUGGAGAUGCUUGUCAGUGGACAGAAGGAGGAGCUUAUCAAAUUGUUAUAGAAUAUCAUUAUCUGUUCUUAUCUUAUAACAGCUGUAUUUGAGAUACAUGAUGAAAGAAAGUCGUUAGACUGGUAGAUUAUC